UGUGUCAAAGUCCUUUGAGCAAGUGCACGUGUUGUUGAUACUGUAAAAGUAGUUUAAAAUAUAUUUUUAUAGAAACGAAAAUGGAGGUAACACAGACGAUUGCACUGAAUAAAGAUGAGCAACAGGCAGUUACAAAUGAAACCAGAAAAAUUAAACGGAAAAUUAAAUCUGGACGAAUUGCCAUCCGAGAGGGCAGAAGAGAACAGAAGCAAAAAAUCGAACAAUCCAGAGGUCUCAUUUACGUCGGCCACCUCCCUCACGGAUUUUACGAAGAAGAAAUUAAAAAAUACUUCUCCCAAUUCGGAAAAAUCACCAACCUUAAAGUUUGUCGUUCUAGAAGCACCGGCAACAGUAAAGGCUAUGGAUAUGUGGAAUUCGCGCAUCCAGAGGUUGCCAAAAUUGCUGCAGAAACAAUGAACAAUUACAUCAUGUUCAAGAAAAGAGUGAUAGCUACAUAUGUUCCAUUUGAGAAGAGACCAAAAUUGUUAUUCCAAGGAAAUCAGAGCAUGCCAGGGAAUUUCUCCAAGAUAAGAAAACGCCAGAAGAAUAUCAAGAGUAAAAACAAAGCUAUUGAUGAGGAGAUAUACUUGGAAAAAAGCAAACUCAGGUUAACUAGGUUGCAAAAUCGACUUCAAAAAUUGAAAAGGUUUGGAAUAAACUGUGACUUGAAACCGCUUGACGUACCUAAAGAGUUACAAUAAAAAUGUUGCGUUAAAA